AUGUCCUGCUUCCAGCUGUGGGGCUGCCGAGCCCGUACCCUCCAAGGACGCCGGCUCCUGGCCAACACCGUCAUGCUAUCGCUCCUAUGGCAUGUCACGGCGGUCACCCCGGUGCCAGACGACAUGGUGCGGACCUGGCAGUCCAUGCUGACCCGCUACAUCCUCGGCUCCAAGACCGUGCCCACGGCCCGUUAUCGCCCACUGCUGGCUGCGCCGUGGCAAUUCGACCCCAAACUGGGCCUUGGGCUCCCACACAUUGCGUCCAAGCUGCGAGCCCAACGGCUCAUGCUCCUUCAAAGGACGCUCAGCCCAGCAACUGCCACCACUCCCCUGUGGCAACCCCUGGUCCUGCGCCAGUAUGCACGGUCGAUUGGCAAGCUAUAUCGCGCUGUGCACCCCUUCGACUUCCUCCUCUACCACCCCCACCCCAGCUCCAAGUGGCUCAGGCUGUGGGAACUCCACCCCCUAUGGCGAGACGUGUGGAAGCAAUGGUCUGCCACCCCGAUGGAUCGCCGCAUCCAACUGCCGGUCACCCCAGCGACUCUGCUGCACAUGCCUGUGUGGCUCACCCAGUAUGCCCCAACCAUGGCGAACGGCAAGUGCGCGGCCAGUGUGGUGACCACACCCCCCACGCGCCGGUGGUGUAUGUAUGGCGUCGCCAAUGGCCUGCACAGUCUCCACGGCAUUGUUGCCGUCCAUGGACGUUGGCCAACACGCCAGGAGUUUAUCUCCAUGAUGUCCCAAGACAACCGAGCGGCCCGUGUUGAGCUGGGCAGCGAUGGCUCCAUGCAGUGGGCUCCCGUGUACCGUGCUGUGAUGCUGUACAACCACCUCACUGCCGUGCACCAAGCCAUCCCCCAAGGUCAUCAGGACCCCCCACCCACCACACCUGCUGCCCCCAUGUCCCGACAUCCCUUCUACGGGCUGGUCAAGGACACCCCCCAGCCUUUCGAGCUCUGGCCCAGGACCAUGGUGCUCGCCCUGGCCCACCACGCCCCUGUAGCCGACAUGCCCCACCCCAUGGCGUCCUCCGCUCGCACCACCCCGGCCGACCUCAGGGGCUACGUGCGGCGUGUCCGACGGGUCUGCCGGCAGCUCCCCCCGCUGCAUGGUGAUGUCUGGAUGCGUGUGCUCUUCCGCAUGCUCCCUGUCAACUGCCGCUUUGCCCACCUCCAAGUCGAGCGGCCCGACGCGAUCUGCUGCGCCUACGGCUGCGGUCAC